UUUAUAGAAAAUCUGCUUGCGCGUACCAUUUUUGUUUGGGUUAGGAACGUAACGAAGUUGUGCAAGGUUAAUGAGAUCUUAUGAGAUACAGAUUCUUUAUAUCUAGUCAUAUAUGGAGUAAUAUUUAUAGUUAGCGAAACAUAACUGUGUAAGAAAGGAAUGUCAACGCUGUUGACAAUCAUCUCAAGUUUUCAAUGUUCUCGACUAAGGCACGAUUAAUAGAACGCACAGGGAAAAAUGGUGUCAAUCGUUAUGAUUUUUUGAAGCUUCUAGCAACUGAAUAUAAAACAGCCAAGUCUAAAGAUGCAAAGGAACAAGUGUUGGCAAACUUAGCAAAUUUUGCCUAUGAUCCUAUAAAUUACGGAUACAUAAGACAGCUACAAAUAAUUGAUUUGUUUCUCUAUGCUUUAUCCGAAGAGAAUCCAACAUUAGUACGUUACGCCAUAAGUGGUAUUUGUAAUUUAUGUUUAGAUGCAAUAAAUAAGAUAUACAUUCUGCGCAAUCAAGGCGUUGAAUUAGUAUCAUCAUUACUUUCUUCCCAAGAUGAAGACAUUGUGCUCUCAACAAUUUCUACUUUGAUGUUUUUAAUCACACCUGAAUCAAGAAACGAAAUAACAUCGACCGAAAUAAUUAAACACAUAACUUUAUUCCAAGCAAGAUCAUUUGCUGAUACAACAAUGAACAAUUUGAGGGAAGGUGAUGAGGUGUCAGUUUUCAGAAAGAUAACAAAUAAUGACAUACUCAAAUUUGCUGAAUUGACAGGUGAUUAUAAUCCAAUACACACGGAAUCGGUAAAAAAUAUAGCACAUGGUGCUUUACUCAAUGGUCUGGUGUCAGGGUUGAUUGGUACAAAGUUACCUGGUCCAGGCACUAUUGUUAUUGAACAAAAUCUUACAUUUCCUAAACCGUGUUAUGCUGGUGAUUGUAUACAAGUCGUAGUCAAAAUCGUAUCAGGCAAAAUGUACGUGGCUUUAUUGAUGAUGGCUCUUUGCAUAUCAUACUCUUACGCAGAAAACAAUAGUACUGUUUCAAGCAUUGAAUCAUCUGCAAAAGUCGAGGAACCUAUUGGCUGUGUUUGUGGCGUAUUUCUAAGCGGACAAUUUAAGAGAGGAAGCAGGGAGCAACCUACGGGAUAUCCUGCACUCCUCCAUGAAUAUCCUGAUCGACUUCCAUGCACUGUCAUGGGAAAUAGACUUUGCACCAGCAAAUGUCUCGAUGUUAUAGUGAAAUAUUUACCGAACAGCCCGGCGAUCCUUUGUGCUUCUCUGGACCGUGAUUGUUAUAGAGAAAGAGCUUAUCUUUUCAUCCAAAACUGUAAGGAUGAGUGGAUGAAUACCAAUCUGUCUGCGGGCAAAGAGUAUUGUUGUAAAGAUGGAUUGCCAUACAAAUGUCGUUAAUGUGAAUUUAAGAUGAUACUUUUGUACAAUAAUGAUAGUUUUGAUAAUAGUGUUCGAUGAUAGUAGUUCGAUAAUAGCAUUUAUAAUAAACAAAGCACAUUGAUUUGUGGUA